AUGUUCUUUCUUUUUUCUUUAUUUUCACACUCUCUUUUAUUUAUUUCUAUUUACGAUGCUUUUUUCUAUUUCCUUUCUUUUCAAAUGACUUUUUCUUUCUUUCUUUCUUUCUUUCUUUCUUUCUUUAGUUCAAAGCACCUAAAAUCAUAUCAACUAUCCAUUAUGUUCUUUCUUUCUUUCUUUCUUUCUUUCUUUCUUUCUUUUUCUUUCAUUUUCCACGCAGCUAUUUUUCACUUUUUUUAUUUUUACUUUUCUUUGCUGUCUUAUUUUGCUAGCAUUAUUUUCUUUCUUUCUUUCUUUCUUUCUUUCUUUCUUUCUUUCAAAAUGCAUUUUCUUUCCUUCUUCUUUUCUUUUAACAUUACAUAUCCUUCCUUUCUUCCUUUCUUUUCGUUUUCACGCUCUCUUCCAGUUCAAAACCCACCUGAAGUCAUCCUAUCUACCAAUUUCAUUUCUUUCUUUUCACUACUCUAUUCAUAUCAAAGUUUGCUCAUAUCUAUCUAUCUAUCUAUCUAUCUAUCUAUCUAUCUAUCUAUCUAUCUAUCUAUCUAUCAAAGUUUUGCUCAUAUCUAUCUAUCUAAGACUGCUCAUAUCUAUCUGUUUGUCUCUCUAAGUUUGCUCAUAUCUACCCACCUACCUCAGUUUAUCUAUCUCCUUAUCUACAUCAGUCUAUUCAUAUCUAUCUAUCUAUCUAUCUAUCUAUCUAUCUAUCUAUCUAUCUAUCUAUUUAUCUAUCUAUCUAUCUAUCUAUCACACUCACAUUUCGACCAUAAGUGCUGGGUUCGAUUCUGA